UGAAGAGCAGGACACAACAAACCUCCGAAGCUUUGCGCGACACGGCGGUCUUUUUUGUCUGACUUCAUGGGACGUGGUUUUAUUUCGAAGAGGGGUUAAAGACCUACAAGUCGUCGUCAUAUUGUCUGUUUGCGCGCUCGAAGACAAUGUUUUAGAGCAAACAACGGCGCGCGCGCUUCUCUUUAAAUGAGCUCGGACUGGAGAGCCACUGGGAAGCCAAGCAAGGAACUAACUUGAAAUCCGAAAUUUGGGAACUCCAGCUACUGUGUUGGAUCGGAGACGACAUCUGUGGCUUCAGCCUUCUGGGCCAUGAGUGGUUUCAAGGGCCAGGAUGUGGAAAAACAGGGCAUCAAGUUGCCAAAAAAAUGGAUUGAUCACAAUGACAAAGUCCCCACAGACCGUACAAUGGUGGUUGGGGGAGUCGUGGGUGGAGGAGAUUGUUCUGAACCCGUAGGAGCUCCUCUGAAAAAACGCCGCCAGCGAUACGUGGAGAAAGACGGCAAGUGCAACGUCCACCACGGAAAUGUGCGUGAAACCUACCGCUACCUGACAGACAUCUUCACCACGCUAGUGGAUUUAAAGUGGCGCUUCAAUCUGCUGGUCUUCACACUGGUCUACACCACCACAUGGGUGUUUUUUGGCUUCAUCUGGUGGCUCAUCGCCUACGCCCGAGGAGAUCUGGAGCACACUGAUGAUAAUGACUGGACACCUUGUGUGAAUAACCUCAAUGGCUUCGUCUCAGCGUUUCUUUUUUCCAUAGAGACUGAGACCACCAUUGGUUACGGGUAUCGUGUGAUAACAGACAAAUGUCCAGAGGGGAUCAUCCUGCUUCUGAUUCAGGCCAUUUUGGGCUCCAUCGUCAACGCCUUUAUGGUGGGCUGCAUGUUUGUGAAAAUCUCCCAACCAAAGAAACGAGCCGAAACACUCAUGUUUUCCAACACCGCUGUGAUAUCCGUGCGGGACAGCAAGUUGUGUUUGAUGUUCCGUGUCGGUGACUUGCGUAACUCGCACAUUGUGGAGGCCUCCAUUAGGGCGAAGCUUAUCCGCUCGAAACAGACGAAGGAAGGAGAGUUUAUUCCUCUCAACCAGACGGACAUCAAUGUGGGCUUUGACACGGGGGACGAUCGGCUGUUCCUCGUGUCGCCGUUGAUUAUUUGCCACGAGAUCAACAAGAACAGCCCAUUCUGGGACGUCUCUCAGGAGCAUCUUGUACGAGAGGAGUUUGAGAUAGUGGUCAUCCUUGAAGGAAUGGUGGAAGCUACAGGAAUGACGUGUCAGGCGCGCAGCUCCUACCUGAGCUCAGAGGUGCUGUGGGGCGAGCGCUUCACCCCUGUGCUCUCACUGGAGGAGGGUUUCUACGAGGUGGAUUAUGACACCUUCCACCACACCUAUCCCGCCCCGACACCAUCCUGCUCCGCCAGAGAGCUCGCAGAACUGCUCAAGAAAGGGGAAUCCAUACCUCUGCCCCCUAUUUCACCUCCAGCGGCCCUAGCGGAGCCAGCAAGCCCUGUUGAGACGCCGGAGGAGAAGGAGGAGAAUAUAGAUGAAGACGCAGAAGAGACUGUUAGCAAUGGGGAUGUGAACAGAAUGGAGAUCGAGCAUGAAUGAGGGUCUGCUGCUGCCCCCGUGUGGCAGAAAGAUAGAAAAACUCACUUAAACUGAAGAUAGUUACUAAUCUCUAGGCCUGUAGGUCUGCAUUUUGUCAUUAAAACCACACUGGUACUAAAUGCUUUGGA